UACUGGUGGCUCAGCCCACCCUGCAGCGUGGGGACACCUACAGAGGGACAGGGGCUGCCAGUUGAAGCCUUGCAGCCCGCCGAGCUGACACACAUCGCCAUGACUCUGAUUCUCCUCACCCUGCUCUGCCUCCUUGGGGCCUCCUCGGGGAAGCUGGCAGUGGAAAUGGACCCAUCGCCCAUAACAGCGAAGGCAGGGGAUGAUGUGGCGCUCAAGUGUGUGUUCAAGGUGGUGUCGCCACCCGUGGACCUGUCCCAGCUGGUGGUGCAGUGGUUCUACCAUGGGGGGCCGCUGGUGGAGUUCGAUGAGGAGGUGACAUCCACGCGGCCCGAUGCCACCCUCAGCCUGGAGGGGCUCCGCUCUGGGAAUGCCUCCCUGCUACUCAGCAAAGUCAGCAGCCGGGACACUGGCAACUACCGCUGCUACAUCACCUAUGCCCCGGACAUCCGUAUCAAGCAGGUUGCCCUUGAAGUGGAAGACCCCACACAGAUCCCUUCAAAGCCGAAGGGUGCCUGCCCCCCCACUGUGGACGCGCAGCUGCUGCAGAAGAUGGACCACAUCAUCCGUGCCCUGGAGCAGAUUGUUGGCAAGCUGGACCACCCCGUGCCACCUAACCGGCGCUGAGCGUAGCGUGGAGACCUCCCGCACCCAGGGUGGAGGUGGGAGAGGCUGAUGUGAGGGGAGCCCAGGCAUCAGCUCAAAUGGGUGGGGAGAAUGAGAUCACAGGGAUGGGGAGCUAGCCGUAGGGGCAGGGGGCUGUGCUAUGCAGGGAUAUAAGGGGUUGGAAGUUGAGGGGGAACAAAGCAAUGCUGGAGGCAUAAUAGGGGGAGAGCAUGCAGGGGCUUAGCUAGCAAGUAGCUGGGGGUGUGUGGAAGGAGGCAGCUCAGUCAAGAGGGUUAGCAUCCUAGCUGUUAAUGCUUUAUGUCUAAUAAAAAAAAAAAAAAAAAAAAAAAA